AUGGAGUGGGGGUCCCAGCCGGGCGCGCGGUCCGUCGACGACCGCGGCACGGACCGGCGCCGGUUCCGGCUCCGCGUCGUCGUCGAGCUCGCGUCGCUCGGCGUCGGCGAGCCGUCGCGCGGCGUCGACGCGAGGGACGCGCCGGAGCCGCGCCGCGGCGGCGGCGGCGGCUUCCACUUCUUGGCCGGCGUCGGCGCGUCGUCGGACGUCAGCGAGCUCACGGACGGCAGCCGCGGCGGCGGCGGCGCGGGCUUGGGCGGCUUUCCGGUGGGACGGACGUCCACGCGCGCGGACGGCGCGCCCCCGAAGGCCGCGGCGCCGUCGUCGAUGGCGUCGUGCAUGCCCGGGAGCGCCGUGCCGCCGCGCGGCGCGACGCCCGCGGACUUGGCGGAGAUGCCCUGGCGGAAGCCCUGCUUCCACAGCGUCACGGCCCUGCUCGCGUGCCGCGCGCUCAAUGGGCUGGUGGUGGAGCUCGGCAAUGGGCGGUCGUCGGCGCUGGAGGAGAUCGCCGAACUGAUCGAGACGCCGGCGGCCGCCGGCGUGACCUACGACCGGCCCAACGAGAAGCUGUCGGGCGCGCCCCUCUACCUGUGCGCGCAGCUCGACUGCCCGGAGGCCGCCCGGCUGCUGUUGGAUCGCGGCGCGAGCAUGACCCAGCCCUUCGACGGCGAAAGUCCGCUGGAGGCGGCGUGCCGCCUAAACAGCACGAAGACCUUGGCGCUCUUCCUCGCCCGCGUGCGCGAGCUGGAGGAGGCCGCCCGGUCCAAGGCCGGGACGACGGCGGCGUCCGCGUCCGACGACGACGAACCGCCGGCCUACGCGCCCGAGGACGAGGACGAGGAGCGCGGCGACGAGGAGCCCGCCGCCGCGCCGCCGCCGCGCCCGCAGCUCCGGCGCCAGUGGACGCACACGCUCGACGGCGACGUCGCGGAGGACCGGAUCCACCGGCGCGGCGAGCACCGACCCCUGGAGCAGGUCGCCAAGCGGGUCCGCGCGUCCGCGGGCUGGAUCGCCGCCGCGGCCCACGACCACCUCCGGCCCAGCGCGUAA